UUUCGAACCCUGAUUUAACUUUAGGUUAUUGAUCAGCCGGCAGCGGUAUUGUUAUAAACUGUCGAGUUUUUUGCAUUGUUUAUUGUUGUCAUAAACUUUUGUGAAUUGAUAUAUUAACAAUUUGUGAAAAUGGAGCUCGGAAUCAGUAUUAUCUUCGUUAUUUUAUUAUAUGCGUCACCAAUCGCGGCGGUAAAAGAGUCUAGUGAAUUUCACGAGGAGCUAUACGUACGCCCUAUAGCAAAUGGGCUAGUCAAUACAUUUUUUCAGUUCACCACUCGUUGGCAUUAUGGCGAUAGAGAUAAUUUACACAACACACAGCUUAUACCUCGUCCCAUUGCCGAAACAUUACUGCUGUACGACGUUAAAGAAUUACAUAUCGGAUUAACUCAGGGACUUUGGCGAUAUGAAACUUACGGCUAUCCAGUAAUGGACAGUGCGCCAGGCGCCGAAGUGAGGGCAUGGUUUGCCGGAGAAAAUUUAACUUCUGCUGAGGUUGAUGAUCAGUGGGUAAAGUUAGCUGGUACAUUUUCCGGAAUUCUGUGUGCCUCCUUGAAUUUUAUUGACAAAACAAAUAGUGUCGAACCGAAAUAUAGUUUUCGGCCACAGUUUGUCACUGGUACCAAGGCGAAAAUUCCACAAUAUGUACGGUAUGCGAGCUUGCCACGAGAAAUCGUCUGCACGGAGAAUUUAACACCAUGGAAAAAGUUAUUGCCCUGCAAUAGUAAACAAGGAUUCGCUUCCUUACUCAACUCCGGCUACGUGCAUAAUACUAAUUAUCACUCUCUGGGCAUGAAAAUGCGUACGAUAUGUGAAUCUUACAACAAAAACUGUAUUUUGGAAUUCACCGAAACUGCAAAUAUGGUAUAUGACCCAAAGAUGUUGGGUACAAAUGGAGAUUUUUCGCUGCGUCGUCUCUUUGGCCAGGGACUAAAUGGCCAUUGUACAUUGGCGAAAAGUAGUAAAAUUUACGUUAAUUUGGAUGAUCAACCAUAUGAUUUAACACCAACACCCAUGUAUAAUGUUACUUCGAUGCGUGGUGGCAGCACAACCACGUUAGGUGUAUAUGAUAUCCAACGAUUAGAUGAAGACAAAUUCUUCAAUAUCGCUUGGAUAAAUAAGAAAACGAAAGCAAAUGUACAAAUGACACCAACACCACCGUUAUACGCACAUCGUUACAUAUUGGGACAUGGUCAGGAGCGAGGUCAAAUUCUUACACAAAUUACAAAUAAACAUUAUGCUGCCUUACCUAUUGUGUUACAAGAAAAUAUACCAUGGUUCGUACCAUCCUACAUGCAUACACUUAAGUUAAUUGUACAACCGGAAAAUGGAGCGGAAUACACUAUAAAACCACGAUUCAUGCACUACAUACCAGGCGUACAAAGAUUGCGACCCUAUCAUUUAGAAUUACUCUUCGAAAUACCCGCAUUGAGUACAGUGCAAAUAUCAUUCGAUUUUGAUUAUAUUUUCUUAAAAUGGCUCGAAUACCCACCUGAUGCAAAUCAUGGCCAUUACUUGGGAUCUGCGAUCAUCACAACACAGUUGCCAAUGGGACGCAAUUACACGGCCAUUCCAGUGGAUAAACAUCUUUUCGCUGAUUCAUUCAAUGCGUCACGUUCUUCAUAUUUUCUAGAAAUUCGUACAGAAUCACUUAUAUUGUCAUUGCCAACUCCUGACUUUAGCAUGCCGUAUAAUGUCAUUUGUCUCGCUUGUACAGUCGUAGCUUUGGCUUUUGGACCCAUACACAGCGUAGCUACCAAACGGAUAGUUGUCGAACAAAAAGAUGCACAACCGCAAUCACUAAAAGGUAAAGUAAUGCAGAAAUUGUUUCGAAGGAAACAAAAUAAAACCGAUAUCAACACUAACAAAGCAGAAGCUCACACUGAAGCGGUAUUUGGACAUUCUCUUGCUGACAUCAAACAAAAAGAAUUUUAGAAAAUUUAAACAAUACUUUGAUUUAUACAUUUUUUAAUAAUAAAAUGAUAACUUAUACAAAUAAACGCUUUUACCUGUUUA